ACUCAAGUCAAGCAAAUCAAUCAUCAUGCCUGUUCGCAGAGCCCUCAUAUCGGUCACGUCUGCCAGUGCCAGCCUUUUCAACGGCAAGGAGACCACUGGUCUUUUUAUUAUCGAGGCAUUACACCCAUAUAAGGCGCUCGUGGAAGCCGGCUUUCAAGUGGAUCUCGCCUCCGAGACAGGCAGUUAUACAGCUGACUGGCUGUCCCAACAGCCCGACUUUCUCAAGGGUGAUGACCUCGAAAUCUGGAACAAUGUGAACAGUGAUUUCCGCCAGAAACUCGAUAAUAUGCCCAAGGCCUCCGAGCUGGACGGGUCCCAGUACGGCUUGUUCUUUGCCUCCGCAGGCCAUGCUUCUCUGAUCGACUACCCAAACGCUCGUGCCUUGCAGAACAUUGCGGAACAAGUCUGGGCGAACGGUGGCGUGGUGGCGUCUGUCUGCCACGGUCCUGCAAUCUUUUCGAACCUGGUCGACCGCGCGACAGGGGAACCGAUUAUCAAAGGAAAGAAGAUCACUGGGUUCACGACGGAGGCAGAGAACGUGAUGGGGAUUAUGUCGGAGCUGAGAGGGUUGGGCGUUGAGAUGGUCGAAGAGCUUUCAGAACGUCUAGGUGCUACCUAUGAACGCUCUGCUGGAAUAUGGGACGAUUUCCAUGUGGUUGAUGGACGACUUGUCACGGGGCAAAAUCCUGCUAGUUCUACUUCUACUGCCAAGGCUGCGAUCGAGGUAUUCGAAACGCUAUAGCAUAUUUCGAGAGAG